CUAAUCUCUCCAUUCCCCCUCCUCUUGUUCUCUUCUUCUCCUUCGCGUCAUAGCAUCAGCAGCCCGCACAGUUGAUCACGCCCACGACGACCGGACAGCACGAUAGCACGCAGGCCAUGGCGGAAGAUCUGGUCGACACCCUCACGGACACGCUCGUCGCCGUGGCUACCGCGACGGCCACCCUUAUCGCCGAGGCUACCGCGACGGGCGCUGCGGAUGACUGGCUCCCGAGCGAUAACUCGAGCUUGCCUUUGGGUAUGGACGGGAGCGAUGUGACGCCCGCACCGGAUGGGGGGUCGUACUUCCUUAACACACUCCUCGGCCUUCUCAUCGUCCUUCUUGCGUCUGUGCUCAACGCACUCGGCCUCAACCUCACCAAGCUGGACCACCAGAAACAGCAAGCUAUCCCGAAGCGCCAGCGCUCGAAGGAGUACAUGCGCCCGCUGUGGCUAGCCGGCAUGGGAAUCUACAUCGCAUCGCAGCUGUUCGGCUCGCCUCUGGCUCUGCGAUACCUCCGGCCAGAUUGGGUCGCGCCACUCGGCGCAUCGAGUCUCGUGUUCAACUUCCUGUUCGCGUACUGGCUCGUCGGGACGCCCGUGACACAAUCGGAUAUCCGCGGCACCGGGUUCAUCGUGCUUGGCGUCAUUCUUAUCGUCAUCUUUUCGAGCAUUAACCACGGGCUGAAACAGGAGCUGAGCGUGGACGAACUCUCUGAGCUCUGGCGCCGCGGCUCCUGGCUGUCCUACUUCUUUGUGCUCAUCUUCGCAACAUGGGUGGUAUACCUCGUCGGCGAUCUGCUGCACAAGGUCGCCAAACAGCGCGCAUCCUUCAGCCCCCUUCCCUCCCCGACAAUGGGGCGAGGAUCACGCCCGCCGCCGGCACUCAAUACCUUCCAGCGCUCGCUCGCCCAGUGGCGGGCAUGGGAGAACACGAUCCUCGGCCACCUUGAGCGCCUGUUGCAGCGUACUCCGGACACCCGCGUCCAGUGGCUCGAAGGCAUUUUCUUCGCUUCAUGUGGCGGCAGUCUCGCGGGUCUGUGUCUGGUGUUCACCAAAGCCAUCGUCAAGAUCAUGUGGGGAGAGGGGCAUCCACUCGUACACUUCUCGGCGAUCAUGACGCUCCUCCUUCUCAUUGGUACCGCGGUGCUCCAAAUUGUUUGCUUGAACAGCGCACUCCGCUGCGCAGACACUGUGGUAGUCGUCCCACUGUUCUACGCUGGCUACACCGUAUUUGGUUUUAUCAACGCGCUGAUCUUCUAUGACCAGGCCGGAUCGUACGCGCGCUGGAUCCUUGUCAUGGUCUUCCUCUCGAUUGGCGUGCUCAUCGGCGGAGUCAUCCUUCUUUCCACCAAGCCGGAGGAGCCAGAAACUGCCGAGGCGGGCAACGACGACCCCGCAAUCCGCAUGCGGCCAGGAACCGCGCGCAGUCCGCUGGCGCGUAACGGUGCGGCGAUGGGCUCUGGUGGUGUCAUAUCAUUAGACGACACGCCGAAGCCGUCGGAAGAUCGGCCGCAGGAGGUAGUGUGGGACAUUGGCGAGGAUAGCGACGAGGACGAGGAUGCGCACGGCAGGCUCGUAAAGAACGCCGAGGAGCGGAAAGACGAGCCCGAGAGCGACGAGGAGGAGGGCCGGGGCGUCGGUGGGACCAAGGAGAGUCGAGGAGAGCGUGGCGGCCUGCUGCUCCAGGAGGACGAGGACGACUUGGAGGACAGGUCUAGUCCCCGUCCUGCGCCGCGACGCCUGCCAUCCAAGGUUGAGGAGGACGAGGCCGAGACAUUUGGCCCAUGGACCAGCGGGCGCUAGUGGGGUACCUCGGACCACAGACGGAGAGGGCUCAUGCGCCAACCCAGGCCAUUUAAUUGGGGGACGUCUAGUUGACCUACGAGGUCAUCGACAAAGUAUACAGCAAUAUCUAAUGCGUGGAUAGAUGUAACACUAUUGGGCAUGGAUACAGCCGGAGCGCACGCGCACGCGUAGUGGU